GUAGCUGCUAUUACUUCGUGCAUCGCUGAGAACUUUUUGGAACUGCCCAAAUAUUUGGAAUUUUAACUACGAACAGGAAGAGGAAUACACGUUUGAAGAAAGUGUUCUGUAGUGACUGAUUUAUUAAUGAAAUUACUCCGGCGAAAAUGCCUAUUUCGGAGUAAUUUUGCGUGAUGUAUACCAUUUAAUGACAGUCUGUAGGUAGACGGACGGGGUUUGAAGACGUACCGGUAGUGUGGUGGCAGAUAACUUUUAGACCCUCUACGACGCUCGCAUGAAGAGCCGCUAUACAGAUUUUUGUGCUCGUCACGGCGUUACACAUGUCACGGCCCCACCAUUCCAUCCACAAUCCAACGGUGAGGCUGAACGACUGGUCUGCACAUUUAAGGCUCACAUGCGGAAACUUCUGACUUCUUCUGCUGCUGAUGAUGCGCUUCUCCAGUUUCUGGCAUCUUACCGUUUCACCCCCAUGGGCGACCACAGCCUGGCUGAGCUCUUACAUGGCCGACAGCCCCGAACGCUACUUCAUCUUCUGCAGCCUCCCACCUCACGACCGCGGGUGCCUUCACUUGGCCGGUUCACCGCCGAUGACCUCGUCUGGGUACGGGGAUAUGGCAGGCGGCCAAAAUGGAGCCCGGGCUGCAUUUUAAGACACCGUGGCAGACGCCUGUAUGAAAUCCAGACGGACACGGGUGUUGCAGUGCGUCAUUUGGACCAGCUUCGGAAUCGGGUGCCAGCAACGCCUGUUCCGAAUGCCGCCACACCACCUUUGGCUCUACCUGACACUCGGGAUUUUGGCAUCUCUCAAUACUCACAACGCAGCCCUCUCACAGUCAUCGCGAUGCCAGCACCAGAACGGACGCCACCAGGAGACGUGCCCAUGCAGGAACCGGAGGACCAUCGUCUGUCAGAGCAAAUCUACUCGCCUCCUCCUCCUCCAACGGACGCCGACACAUCGCCCAUGUCUCCUGUCAUAUCAACUGGACUUGCCGCAACGGGCAGAUUGGUGCAUGGGGCCCCAGCAGAUUCGACCCCUACGUCUCCUGCCAUCUCGACCCGUUAUCAUCGGGGACACUUCCGUCCGUACGGGAAACCUCCUCCUCGAGACUUUACGGCGAGUCAACCAACACCUAUGGACGUUAGCCAUCUCCAGGACACCUCCAUCAAGACCAGUGCAACAAUUUCAAAGGCGGGAAAAGUGUUGUGACUCACCGAUCAUACAAAGUGCCGCCGCGCAAUUACGCGCGUCCUCUACGUGCGGCGCUGUCUGCCAGCUAUGCAGCAGCUGCGCCACCUAAGCGGCCAGCCGAGCAGCGGCCGCUAGACUGGGACUCAGUGCUCAUUCGAAUGCUAACGUGUACACAUGUCUUGCUUGUCAACUUACU